CCUUCAGAGAAAAAUACAGGGAGUGCUUCCUCCUCCGAGUUUCAGAGGAAAUUUGCAUUCAGACUCGAUCGACUCCAGACAGGUAGGACUAUGGUUGAAGACUCCCAUAGAUGUAUUUGUCAUAUAGGCUGUUGAUUGUAUCCCAGGAUUUUAACGUCUGUAUAGAUUGUUAAUAAGAGAUGACCACUGUCAGUGAGGGAGUUGUUUCCUGUGGGCAGGUUGGGAAUGGCAUACUGUAGUGCACUGCCUUUGAGUUUCACCUUUGUACUGUGUAUGUACUUCUGAUCGCCCCAGCAGAGACUGGCUUGUAAGGAUUACAGUUCAGGUUGUGUGUAUCUCAAUUUAUUGGUUUUAUCUGAAAGGGAAUAGGAAGAAUUAACCAUUUUUUUUUAAUCUAUUUUUAAGAAGAUUACAGUGUGAAAGAUUAAGACUGAAAAUAAAUGGAAUGAACAUACAAGCCUGACUUUGUGAAGCUCGUUUCCUUUUAAGAAUCUAAUCAGAAUAUUUUGCUCUCCUUGAAGUGUUUUGAGGAAUAGAUUUUCCAAGAGGUUUAUGAUUGUGUACAUUUUCAUGACAUGUAUAAAAAAAACAUGAUUAAAACAAGAUUUGUUUGUUUGUUGUUUUUUUUUUUAUUCAUGUGACUUCCUUUUUUCAUUGCCGGAAUCAGAUUUCUUUUCCCAUGACACUGGGUGGAUUAUUUUCCUUCCUGUGGGCACUAUAAUCCAGUGUCACCAGCCGUAAUGGAUUCCUAUUCAGAUUCCUGCGGCCACCGAAGCGCCCCGGUGGAGACGGAUGAGUCCAUGACCUCGUCCUCACUGAACCUGGCCUGGUCAGCCUGCCUGGUGUGCCAGGAGUCUGUGAAGCCUGGCAGGACUCCGGUGAUGGAUGAGUGGUCCGGCCCCCCUGUGACCAUCAACGAACCGUACAAACUGGAUUACCCGGACGAACCGUGGGGGGAGUCCCCAUGCGGGCUAACACAGUCACCCAUCAGCGCAGGGCUGGAGCUCUCUCCCGGCCUCACCCCUCACCAGCCUCUUGAGAUCAACGACCCCAGUUUCAUCGCCUGGAUGGAGGAGGUGCCCAGAAAAGACUCCCCUGUUCAGAGUUACUACAAAGCCCCCAAAGAGCCUCUCAGCAUCGACCCCGGCAGUCUGGAGGCCCCCCGCUCCCUGCGCCCCGACCCCAGUGGCGUGUGCCAGCGUCCCCUGCCCUGCUACCUGCCCUGCUGCAGUAACCUCAUCCCACCUCAGUGUCGUCCUGUUUACGGGAACCACUGCCCCCGGCCCUGCCCCUGUUUGCACCCAGUGGAUCCGGCCUGUCAGCCCCUCUACCCAAACACAGAGCCAGUGCAGGACCCACACCCUACUAAAUUCCUCAAGAGGAGUCCAGGCCAGCUGAACAGCUCCCGCGUCAGAGAGAUCAUGACGGAGGUGUGCCCUGAGGUGUCUCCUGCUCAAAGUCACAUUCCAACAGCGGAUAUGAAAAAGACCAUCAGUCUACCUGAUAACUGCCGAAACCUUUUCAUAACAUACUCUAUAGACACAGCUGAAUACAUCCCUUCCUUUGUGAGUUUCUUAAUAACACAGGGCUUUCGUCCGGCUAUUGAUAUAUUUGAAGACCCUGUAAGAACACUGGACAUAAACAAAUGGAUGGAUAGUUUUUUAAAAGAUAAAUCAGUGUUGGUCAUCAUGGUCAUCAGCCCUAAAUACAAAAUUGAUAUUGAAGGAGACGGCUCAGAUGAACACGGACUGCACACCAAGUACAUACACAGCCAGCUACAGAAUGAGUUCAUUCAGCAGCGUUGCCUGAAUUUCCGACUUGUACCUGUAUUGUUCCCAGGAGCAACCCGGGAACACAUUCCCAUCUGGCUCCAGAGCACACGCAUCUACCGAUGGCCUCAGGACACGCAGGACCUGCUACUCCGCCUGCUCCGAGAGGAGCGCUACAUCGCCCCGGCCAUGGGGAAGGAGCUUACCCUCACCAUUAGACCAAUCUGACACACGUUAUGAACUAAAGUGACAAAAUCAACCAUAUGCAGGGAGGUUAUUCUUUGACUCAUGCCACUGGAUAGGUGCCUCUGUGGAGGUGUCAUUUGAAUAUCUCCGAAGACUCUUUAUAUUAUAUUCCAUGUAUUCUUAUUCCUCAUGUUGAGAAUUACUGAUGAAGUCUGAACAGCACAAAGGGAAAGAUGGACUGAAAUGGCACAAUUUAGCCACAAGAGGGCAGUGUUGUGUUUGAAUUGUUGUAGCUAAAAGGGGGGCUGUGUUUUGACGUGUAUGUACGUGCUUGGUACAUAUUCAAGUGCCUUGCUCUUCAAAUAAAAAUGUUUUCUGAAA